AUGGGUGCCAGGAAUCAGACCCAGGUGGCCGAAUUUGUCUUCCUUGGUUUCUCAGGUGUUCCCCAUGGCCAGAUCUACCUCUUCGUAGUGUUCCUAGCCAUCUACUUGGUGACCAUAAUUGGGAACGCCACAAUCUUCACCCUGAUCCAGUUGGACCCACGUCUUCACAGCCCCAUGUACUUUUUCCUUAGCCAUUUGUCCUGCUUAGAUGUUUGCUACUCAUCUGUCACAGUCCCCAAGAUCCUGACCAAUUUUUUGCAUCAGAGACACACUAUUUCAUACAACCAAUGCAUGGCUCAGAUGUUCUUCCUGAUGAUGUUUGCAGGGUCUGAAUGCGCACUUCUAGCUAUUAUGGCCUUUGACCGCUAUGCUGCCAUUUGCCAACCACUACGUUACAGUAAUCUGAUGAGCAGUCAGGUACGUAUCCCUCUGGCCAUUGCUUCUUGGAUCUGGGGCUUUCUUGAUUCAGUCAUUCACACUGUACUGGCCACCAACGUGGACUUCUGUGGAGCCAACCAGAUCGACCACAUCUUCUGUGAUGUUCCACCUCUCCUGAAAAUUGCUUGCAGUGACAUUUACAUCAACGAGAUGGCUCUCCACUUGGCCAGCAUCUUCAUGAGCUUAAGUCCUUUCUUGUUUAUCCUCAUGUCUUAUACCAGCAUAGUCUCUGCCAUCUUGCGGAUCCGCUCCAAUACUGGCAGGAGCAAAGCCUUCUCCACCUGUGCUGCCCACCUAUUUGUGGUCACCAUCUACUUUGGCAUGGCCAUUGUGAAUUACAACCGGCCCAGCGCAGGCUACUCCUUGGGGGUGGACACCCUGAUCUCCACCCUCUAUUGCAUCAUUACCCCCAUGCUGAACCCCCUAAUCUACAGCCUCCGAAAUAAGGAGGUCAAGGAGGCCCUGCGAAAGCUCCUGAGUGGCCAGAAGACAGAAUAUGCCUCUACCCAAUGGAAGUGA